AUGUUACCCACAGAUUUCUGUCACAUCACCGACUCAAAAGAGGAGCUUAUUCAGCGUGUUUUCCCAGAUAUAGCGCAAAAGUUCAAUAACCAUCAUUGGCUGGGUGAACGAGCAAUAUUGACAGCGAAAAAUAGAGAUGUCGAGGAUCUCAAUGCGACCAAUCAGAAUUUUCUUCCAGGACAGUUGGUUUCCUUCAAAUCAGUCGACACCGUUAUGAGCCUGGAUGACGUAGUCAACUAUUCCACGGAGUUUUCAAAUUCACUGGAAUUGUCUGGAUUACCUCCUCACAAUUUGCAGUUAAAAAUAGGGUCAGAUGUCAUCAUGCUGCGUAACAUUAAUCAACCUCGAUUGUGCAAUGGAACAAGGCUGGCUUUGAAAAAGCUGAUGAAAAACGUCAUUGAGGCAACAAUCAUAAGGAAAAUACAAAGGAGAGGAUGUCUUGAUCCCGCGGAUACCGAUGAUUCCAACGGAUUUGCCAUUCGAUUUUAA